AUGCGUAUUACCACAGCGACAGUGACCUUCCCUAUUGGCGCCAGGGGCGCUGAGGCUCGAAAAAGGAGCGCAACGACCAUCGGCACCGUCUCCAGGGCAAGCGUACGACGAUGCCCCCAACCGAAGCUCAUUUUUACUCCUAGCGGCACAGUCGUGAGAGCGGUGUCAGGCUGCGAAUUUAGCACCUCCACCACUGAGAGGGCCAUCGACACCAAUGGCAGCAUUGACAGCCGCAGUGUGGCUGCCUCGGUGCUUCCCAUAUCUGUCGCGCCAUCCUCUGAUAACGCCCACGUACCUGUGCGGUCGAUCUCAGCAUGUGCUGUGCUGGAAAACCAGAUUGUGUCUAAUGACACUCUCGAGGCGACGAGGCGAUCAGGCGCCGCAGGGUUUCCAUCUUCGGGGAAGAAGGACAUCUGCAGCUGCAAGAUCCCGCCAGCCACCACUAACGACCCCAUGACAAACAUCCUCAAUACAUGCUUUACUGCUGAAGCACCGCUGGGGGUAGUUGGGGACUCCAGAGCCGCUGCAUUCGAAGGAGUUAGAGCAAACUCUCCUUUCGUGUCGAGCUCUUCCUCCUCUUCGGACGCAAUAUCUGCGCUGCAAUCAAAGGUUUCGCACGCGGCCGAGCGCUCCUCCGCGACGCACCGGAGUAGCAACGGCGUUGUGGCGGAACGGCCGCAGCUGCACCCAUCACUCACGCAAGACAACCGCAGCUUCCUCAAUCCAGGCUACUCGUCCGACCCCUCAGAGUGGAACAGCAACGACGGCGGCGACAGCAGUAGACAUGCAGGUAGUGAUGACAGCGCCGGUGGGUCAAUGCACCAGCAUGGCCCAUCAGCGGCACCUUCCAGACGAACCGCACCAGCUGCCGUACCCUCGGUGCAGGGCAGAGGAAGCUGCACUAGCACGCCUCCGCCUGUGGUGGCUACCACUUCCAGUGGGGACGAGAAUCAGACCACCCUCACCUUCUCUCUCCCGACCGCCGCAGAGGAGCAGGCGACCUGGCAAACGUACGACACAUACAGCGCCCAGCGACCGAAAAGGAGUCAUCACAGAAGCCACCCCAGCGCCAUAAAGCACCGCUCUCAGAGUCCCGCUCCAGCGUCCCCGGCCGUCCUGAGCACCUCCACAUCUGUAGGGGGGCGCGAGGUGCUGCAGCUACUUCCUAGGCUUUAUCAACGUGCACAGGCCAUUGUAGCAUCUACCAUAAAGACCGCCACCCCCACGCCAGCACUGCCGCAGACGAAGGCGGUUUCAUCAACGAUGACGACUAAGAGGAAAGACACGUUGGGCGAGUUUCCCUCCACCGAGUACCUGCUCGACGCGGCUCAGGCGUGCUUUGGCGCACGCCGUUUCCGAGCCCUCAUGGCCGCUGUGACCACAGACGGAGACACCCUCGUCCCCACGGUAGUUCAAAACAAUGGCCGAGGAGCGCCCACCAUCUCCACUGCGUCAAGGUCGCGGUUGUCGUCGUCGUCGUCCCAAGGCUUGACAAUAGAGGAGGCGCUCUCCUUCUUGAGCCGCCUCAAGUAUGCACUGGCCUCGGACGUUCCCACGCAAGGGAACAGAAAGCAGGCGGAGCCGCCUGCGAAGCUGGAAGUGGUGACUGGGGGCAAGGAGCCAGAUCGCCCAGCGAAGGCUGCUUCAUCACAGCCACCUCUUGGCCUGCAUGCUUUGAGAAAGACACGUAGCGUCUCUGCCCCCAAGAGUCAAGCUGCACCCCAGGUGUACCGUAUCCCUUCUGCACACGUCGGUCGACGCAGCAGCCGACCCCCACCGACCCCUACCGCGCGGAUGGAGGUGAGGCGUUCGACGCCGGCGUCUUCCCCGCCUUCGAGGGCAGAGGUGACUGGGGCGGCAGCGUUGGCCGGGCCUCGGAAGCCAACUGGACGACGUAGGGGCCCGCGCCGACGAGCAGCACUGCCGCCGCCAUCGCCGCAUCUGUCGAGUAGCGACUCGGGCAACCCAGAUGCAACUUACAGAGGGGACGUCAUCCGCAUGUACGUGCAACGCAAGGCAUUCGCUGAGAUCGCAGAAGGCCAGGACCGCCGUCGCAGCCCCACGGUGACACUGGAGCGACUGGUGAAGGUGCUGGGCUGGUUUGAACUGGCACUCAACCCCAGCGCCGUCGAGCGUGUGUGCGGAAUACCGAUGCAGUCCGCGGGUGAGCCACGGGACAUCUCCAUCGACUUCAACGCCUUUGUGAAGAUUAUGGACUCGAGCUUGGAUUGUCAGCACCACAGUGAGGGCAGCCGCCCCUCUUCCGAAUGGGCCUCCGCGCCGGUGGCCAACAACGAAGAUCCACAAUUCAACGCGAUUGUGCUGGCACUUCCCCCAGAGGCGCCCGCACGGGCCUUUCCUGCGGUGCCGCUUAUUCCCGGCUUGACGGCGGCCGGCACUGCAUCGCUCAGCAGUGGUAGCGGUCCUGCACCUUUCACUCAGGCUGCCCCCUAUACCAGCUCCGUCCGUGACAGCGGGGGCUCAAUUCGUUCGCUAUGGAACGUUGCCUUCGCUACUUCCGCGGCGCAUCGCCGCUCAGGCAGCCUCAGCAGCGUAGCGACCACAACCGCUUCUUCAGCAGUAAGUGGCGCCAGCGUGCCCAAGUCAUCUGUAGACACAGACGAUGCGUAUCCAUUGGCCACUCAUGGCUCCGCCGUCGCAGCUCUCUGCCGCAGCAUCCGCCAGCGGCUGCGCCAAGAGCUGCGGCGGAGCGUGAGCAGUGAGUCUGAUGCGCUGCCACCACCUCGAGAAAGCCAAGGCAGCGGCAGCAAGAGUGGCGAUGGCGUGGCACACAAGGAAAGAGAUGUCUCACAGCACCCCCCGUCUACCAGGACGGUUCUGGCUGCCUCGCGUUGGUGGAGAUCGCCGUCUCCGGUCUCUUCCUCAGGGGUGAUGAUGUCCAGCGGGGAUGCGAGCGCGGUCGGUCUGGUUGAAAGCGACUCCCUUUCUUCGUGCCACGACAGCGCGGGAAUCUUGUCGGAGCGGCUGAAUGGCACCAAAGGCAACGCUCAACUGGCCUGCCAAACGCAGCGCGAGCAGGCGCCGUCGUCGCCGUUUGUAGCUCAUGCGUUACCUCCUCCCUCGCAUGCCUAUCCCCUGACCACCGCACCAAGAGACGGGCGUGCACAGCCCGGUUGGGGUGAUGGGAGCGACAUUGCCUCCCACCGUUCUUCCGCAGCGCAGCGUUGGCGAGGACGUGGGCCCCGGCUUAAUAGUCCUCCGCUUUCCAUCCCGGCGACAGCACGAAGACGGUCUCCCUCCACUCCCGCGGCGAGGCGGUGUCGCCAGCAGCAAGCAUCGAUUCACCUUCUCACAUCCCUCUCCCCUUACUGUAGCCCAGGCCAGUACCUACGAAGACCCGCAAGUCAUCACCGAUCGCGCAGCGCGGCGCCAUCGACGCUGAGUCGGUUGCAGAGGUCAUCGCCGCUGCACUCCCGCGACAGUCAGUCAGUGCUGUGCACUCUCCUAUCUGCACGACUGGACUCGUCUACCUCUCUCCGGUCCCAUAAUGUCUCUGCAGAGCGGACAUGGAAACACCCGAAACGCGACCGUCCAGCAACUGCCUACAUACGACCCGCAGCAGCACCAACGUACGGCGUCUGCGCACCACACCUGUCGCACCCCCCUUUCUCACCAACCAUCAGAUCGGCGCCACUGCCGUUUCGGCGAGGGCUCCUCCAGGCCUGCUGGGACGGCGCAGGCUGA